AUGGAGGACGUGGACGUGCAAGAAAAGCAAGUGAAAGACGAGAAAUCGCCGGUGGUGGAAACAUCUGCUGCAGAGGUCAAAGAGGAACAACGAGAAGCGGAUGAGGACGGUGACGUGUUUUAUGAAAGCGUGGAUUACACAUCCAAAGAAUUGGAGCGAUUAAUUGCGGAAGCCACAGAAUACAAAAAGAAAGGAAAUGAAUGUUUUGCACAUGGCGACUAUGAAAAGGCGAUUCAAGAAUACGAGCAAGCACUGACCGUGUGUCCGGUGGCGAGUCUAACGUCGAAACAACAGAGCAAAUACACAGAUGCAAGGGACAUGGCGACAAGUGCAUUAGAGCUGGAUCCCAGUUACACCAAGGUGAUCCUGCGUCGAGCUCAGGCCAACGAAAAGCUUGGAUCGUACACGUCGUUAUCGGACGCAUUAAAGGAUUAUGAACAGCUGAGCGAACAGGUCAAGCUGGACAACUAUACCAAACGCGAAUGCGCUCGCGCCAAGCAGCAGCUACCUGGAUUGAUCAAGGAGCAGAUGGAAAAGGAAAAGGACGAAAUGAUGGGCAAGCUCAAGGACUUGGGCAACACUCUGCUUGGCAAAUUUGGGUUAUCGACAGACAACUUCCAGUUGCAGCAGAACCCUGGCAGUGGCGGCUACAGUGUCAACUUUGUGAAUAAAUGA